GGGCUUGGGAUAGAUUGCCAAUCAACACUUGAGUUCUUCUUUCCCUCCCUGUCUGCCCAUACGCCCAGGGGCUGGAGCUGCUACAAAAUUUCCUCUGGCUGGUUGGCCCUUGCAUGAGGAGCUCAUGUCAGCCAUCUCUCUGAGUCCAACAGCCUAUUGCUUUGUGGUUAUUUUCUCUUUUUGUCCUUUCUCUUCCUCUCCUGCUCUGUCAACCACAUAACUGUCUUAGAAGCGUGAACUGCCUUCCCACCAUGGCCCAGGUGGGUCCAGUUCAAGCAUCAUUUACUUUUAUCUCCUUCUUCACCCAGUGUUUUACAGUGCCAUUUUUGUCAGGUGUGUGUUUCAUGCAAGACUAUUUCUGGGCACUUUGUUCCAUUGGUUAAUUUGCCUUCAGCUACACUAAAAUUUUAUUUUGUAGUAAGUCUUCAUGUCUAGUAGGGCAAAUCCCCUCAUUUUAUUCUUCUUUAGGGGUGUCUUGGUCCUUUUGUUCUUUCCAUAAUAAGGUUUAGAAUCAUCUUUUGUUUUCCAUGAAAUCCCUUCCUGGGAUCUAUUGGAAUUGCAUUAAAUCUGUAGGAAGAGAAUUGUCCUCUUUAUAAUAUUGAAUCCCUUAGUCAUAAACAUGGGCUGGUCUACAUUUAUUUAAAUUGUAUUUAAUGUCUUUCAAUAGUGUUUUAUAACGUUCUUACUAUAGAUCUUAUAUUCUGCUAUCUUUUUGUUUUUGUAUAUGUAUUACUUCUAUCUUUUUGCUGCUAUAACGUAGUAUGCUUUUAAAAUUACUGUUUUUUCCUGGAUGCUCUGUGCAGCAUGCAGAACUUCCCCGACCAGGAAUCAAACCUGUGGCCCCUGCAGUGUAAGUGCAGAGUCUUAACCACUCGACCACCAGGGAAGUCCUAAAUUACAUUUUUUACGUUACUGUUCUAUACAAAAGCAAUUUCUUUUUGGAUAUUGAUCUUACAGCUAGCUGUCUUGCUAAAAUCUCUGAUUAUUGUGAAUCAUUUGUCUGAUCAUUCAUUUGAAUGUUCUAUCUAGGCAACCAUAUCAUAUGAAAAUACUGAUGAUUUUGCUCUUUUCCCAUCCCUAGGCCUUUAGUUUCUUUUUCUUAUCUUACUAUACUCUAAAGGACCUCUGGCAAAAUGUUAACAUAGAAGCAAAGAUAGUGGGCAUCCUUGUUUGGUUCCAGAUUUUAAAGGAAAUGUUCCUAAGAUUUACUCAUUAGAAAAAUAAUACAGAUGUUAAAAAAUAAUAGUACAUGUGCAAACUUUUUCUAAGUUUCCUUUAUCAUUUUAAGGAUAUUUCCUUCUAAUCUGCUAAGAGCUUUUAUCAUGAAAGAAUAUUGAAUGUCAUCAUUUUUUUUUUCUAGAUCUGUUAAGAUGAUCAUGUGUUUUGUUCUUCUUAAGUCUGUAACAUAAGUUUUUAGCCUGGGCUCCUUCAAGUAGAGCCUGCAUCAAGGACUUCAGUUCAGGUAGAUUAUUUCAGGUAGAUUACUGAAUUAUUGAGGCCAGGAAGUAGGGAGUGAAGGAACAAGAAGAAGACUGGAACAGGGGAGAGAAAGCCAAUAGAAGAUGCAUAACUGAUGUUGCAGGUGUCAGCAAAGGGAGGUCAAGCCUUUCAGAAUCUCUGAUAAGUCUACAGGAUGCUGGCUAGAAUUGCCUCCCCAAAAGAAAGAGGCUGGAGCAUAUUUCUACUAGCUCUUGGCCUAUAGUUGGUUGAGGGUUUCAUGUUAGGAAACUUGAAACUCCUAGGCUUCUGGGAAACAUUGCCUGGAGAAUCCCAGGGACAGGGGAGUCUGGUGGGCUGCCGUCUAUGGGGUCGCACAGAGUCGGACACGACUGAAGAGACUUAGCAGUAGCAGCAGCAGCAGGUAGCUAAGUGACUCCUAAAGCAUUGAAGACCCUGAGGCAAAAAAGCAAAAAAGAAAUAAAAAUAUGGUAUAAACUUGAGGUGGGGUCGUGGAACAUAAAAUGAGUCUCAGGUUGCAGGAAAUUAUCUGCUGUAAAUGCAGCUAAUUUCAGAGGAAGGCUGAAGUAAUGUGACAUAAAGCACCAAAGUUUACUAUUCCCAGCAAUAAUAAAUGACAUUUGCAGCUUUCUUUUCUAUCAUGCAACCAACUUUUCAUAGCUAAGCUUAACUUGGAUAUGAUGUCUAAUAUUUUUAAUACUCUGCUAGAUUUGGUCUGUUUGUAUUUUUCUUAUUUGCAUUUGUAUUCAUGAGUGACGUUGGCUUCUAAUUUUUCUAUUUCAUCCUAUUCUUGUCUCAUUUUGGUAUUAAGGUUACACUGGCCUCAUAGGAAGAGGGUGUGUUCCUGCUAUUUUCAUUCUCAGAAAGAGUAGAUUAGGAUUAUCCCUACCUUAAACUUCUGUAACACUAUCUAGACCUGACAUUUUCUUUGUGGGAAGAUUUCAAAUUAUGGAUGUAAUUUCUUUAAUAGUUGUAGAACUAUUCAGGCUUUUUAUUUCUUCUUCAAUCAAGUUAGUCAGUCCUCAAUGUUCCCUGUGAGCCUGCGGAUGCCACUCGAGAUGGCCCCUUAUGGUGUCUGGGGAAUGCUCGCAGCCUUUCUCUCCCUGCUCUGCUGCCGAGGGUCUGGUGAGAAGGCGUUCGAGGGGCCAGAGCGACUGAUGGUGGGGUCUGGAGAGUUUCAGUUCAUUAACUGUACUGCCGGUUGUACGGACCCCAAGAGAAUUGUUCUGGAGACGGCCCUAAACAAGACUCUCCUGGAGAAGCAGGCUCAGUGGAAGCUGUUCAAGGUCUACAACGUCUCCAAGGAUGAGGAGCUCCUGUGCAGUUCCACCUGCGGCGGCAAGCAGGAGACGAAAGUUUUCCACAUCACCGUGUUCUACCCUCCAAAGCAAGUGCUGCUGACGCUGUCGCCCACCUCAGUGGCCGUAGGGACGCUGUUCACCAUCGAGUGCAGGGUCCCCGCUGUGGCCCCCCUCGAAGGUCUCACUGUCACCCUGCUCCGUGGUACUGACAUCUUGUGCAAUCAGACCUUUGUGGGGACAACACAUUCCCCCCAAGAUGCCGUGGUCACCCACAACACCACAGCUCACAGGGAACAUGGCCUCUAUAACUUCUCAUGCGAGGCCCUGAUGGAUCUGCGCUCUCGCGGCGGUGGCCUCGUCCACAGGGUCUCAGAUCCCCAGAGGCUUGAAGUCAAAGAGCCCGAGCCCAACAACCAGAUGGUGACCAUCAUCACGAUCGUGGUAGUCCUGCCACUCUUGUUGGUGACAUUCGUCCUCCUGUACCAGUACUGGUGGCGGCCACAUCACAACUGAGUGCACGCCGCUUAGAAGAGGCUGAGACGGAGCCACCGGGCAGCGCCGGUAUGAGUGGCGUGGCCACUGGCACGGCGGCCACUGGAACUCACUGUGGCUCCUUAGGGUGCGGUCCAGGCCUGGCUGGGGGACCAAGGCAAACAGCCUGAACAGAAACACCUGGACUUAACCCUGUGCCUUCAUGUCUCCUCCUGGGAAUGGCCAGGAAGGGGAGCCACCAGGCCUGGCUGAACUUCUGUCUCCAAAUGUCUCCUCCGCCCCCUCCUACCUCUCCUUCGGGGGCCUUCCGCAGCCCCAGCAAACCCAGGCCCUGGCGUGCCCCCAGGCUGACCCGCCUGGGCACCAGGCACCCAGCCUCAUGGGACCCUGAGUGACUCCUUCCUCCUGACGGAGGGUGGGGAGACCCGCCUGGCCCAGAGGGGCAGAGAGACACUCUGUUCCCACGUGGCCCUCCAGGACAUGGCUCUGACUUCUCUCUUCUGCCAACAGAGCCAGCAUCCAGGGGUGAGUGUGGGGGCCCAAUGGCUUGGCUCCAGGAACCUCCCUGCCAGGCCUCCCCCACCACUCUGGGCCUUCGGAGAGCCAUGGAAACCAAGCAGUC